AUGAGCAUAAUGUGCACAAUAGUGUCAGUUGUUUUGGCCUGUUCGCUACUGCUGGUAUCGAUCGCUUUUAUCGGUGCCAGCAGCCGUGGAGAUGACCGGCAAUUCGUGGAGCAGAAGCGAGAAGCGAACGAUCGUGCCGGAGUGUGGGAACUCGUUUCAGCAGCUACCGUUGCACCAAAGGCACCUGUCGAUAUGAUGAUGCGUUUCGGUGAAUUUAAAAGAAAGGCACAAAAGGCUGACGAAGAAGAUCCACUGAAGGCCGAAAACAGCCAUGUGGUGGUGCAGGUUUACUCGGUCGAUUCGGAUCAAGAAGUCGCAAACGAUUCAACCGGUACAGCGAUACGUACAUUGAAGGUGGAGAACUUCGUUACUCCGAAGGAACACAUGGAUGGUAAAUCGACGGAUCGAGUGGAGCGAAAGGUGCUUGCACCGGCAAGAAACGUUAAGGUGGAGUCGGAUGAAAAGGAGGAUUUGCUGUCGGAACAAUUCUUCGUCGACGAAACGGCUACGGGUCAAGAAUCAAAUACCCCGUCAGGCAGACGAGGGUACAGUCAAGGCUUUGGAAGUAAGAGACCAGCGGAAGAAAGAUUCGACCAGGAGCAGGAACAUCUUCCACCAAUGUUUUCCCAAUCAUCAUACGCAAAUCCACCACCAUUCUUCGACUACAACGAACAGACCAGUCAGCGUAUGUUGGAUGAGUUUUUCGCGCUGCGCAACCAAGACACAUUGGCCGCUCGUCGAUCAAAUUACGAUUGGGGCGAGGGACAGCUAAGAUCGAGAACGCUCGACGAUAUUAAGAGUCAAAAUCGAGCCUUCGCGACAUCGCGCAGGAAGACCCCGACUGACUUCGCCAAAGAUGAUGAUAUGAGUUAUGACCGGUAUGCUGACUAUGCCGAAGCAGAACAGCGGGCGGUAGGGUACACCGCACAGAAGCUUGGUCGCAAGCAGCGUGCAACACCCUCGACAGGUGGACAGACGCACGUACUCAACAAGGUACCGAUCGUGGCGUACGAUGGUGACGGAUCGAUGCCACCGAUGUACAAAUCCGACAACGCACAACGGUCACAGUUUGAGCGAUCCCGGUUCCACUACUCGCUGCCAUCGAUGGUGUACAACCCGUACGCCUGGGACCCGUACCACAUGAACAUGCUGCGGUUUCCACAGUGUAACGCCUGUCAGCAGAAUGCGCGGGCCCUGUGCUCCAAGUGUGGACUCUGUGCGGAUUGCUGUGCCCACAGCAAAUGUAGCUGCGGUUGUCUAAAUGGUUGA